GUGAAGUAACAACAACCAGAAACCCAUUCAGGAAGUGUUGGGCAUUCGUGUGUCGACUUCUUCCUGUUGUGUUGGUGCAGCUAAGUUCAGAGGCUGUGGAGUUUACAGAAAGGUUGUCGAAUGCGGAUUAAACAACAGAAAGUAUCCCGUUAAAAGAGAAAGAGACACAAGGCAACACUCGCUGGUCGAGAGCGGUAAGGUGUUCGGGCCGGGAGUCUGGUACACCGGGGAAUCCCGUACUGUAGAGUUCAAGAAAGCAGGUCUUGGUGCCAUUCUCCUCCGCAUCGCUUAUCAACAGCAGCCUCAACUAUGGCUGUUGUUAUCGAGAGCUCCCUCAAGAAAAUGCUCUCUAAAUACAAGUAUCGGGACUUGACAGUUCGUGAAAUCACCAAUGUGAUCUCUCAGUACAAGGACCUCAAACCUGUCAUGGAUGCUUAUGUGUUUAACGACGGCUCUACCAAAGAUCUGAUGAGUCUGACAGGAACAGUUCCAGUCAGCUACAGAGGAAACACCUACAAUAUACCGGUUUGCCUGUGGCUGCUGGAUGUUUACCCCUAUAACCCUCCGAUCUGUUUUGUGAAGCCCACCAGUGCAAUGAUGAUUAAAACUGGGAAACACGUUGAUGCUAAUGGCAAGAUCUACCUGCCCUACCUGCAUGAAUGGAAACAUCCUCAGUCGGACCUCUACGGCCUGAUCCAGGUGAUGGUUGUGGUGUUUGGAGAAGAGCCCCCAGUGUUUUCACGUCCCCAAGUGCAAUCUUCCUACCCACCGUAUCAACCCACCGGGCCCCCUAACACUUCCUAUAUGCCGGGCAUGCCUGCUGGAGUCUCUUCCUACCCAUCUGGUCACUCUGCAAACCCAAGUGGGUACCCGAGCUAUCCGUACCCUGGGGGUAACUCUUACCCCACGGCCAGCACAGCACAAAACUACAACGCCCAGACACCCAUCCCCACUGUCGGUCCCAGCCGGGAUGGCACUAUCGGAGAGGACACAAUCCGCGCCUCCCUGAUCUCAGCGGUCAGUGACAAGCUGCGGUGGCGAAUGAAGGAGGAGAUGGACCGGGCCCAGGCUGAGCUGAACGCUCUCAAGCGCACUGAAGAGGACCUCAAGACAGGCCACCAGAAACUGGAGCAGAUGAUCUCCCGCCUCGACCAGGAAGUGACCGAAGUUGAUCGGAACAUAGAUCUUCUGAAGAAAAAAGACGAGGAGCUGAGCUCCGCCCUGGAGAAGAUGACUAGCCAAUCGGAGAACAACGACAUCGAUGAUGUCAUUGUGCCGACCGCCCCCUUGUACAAGCAGAUCCUGAACCUGUAUGCAGAGGAAAACGCCAUUGAGGAUACCAUCUUCUACCUGGGGGAGGCACUGCGCAGAGGUGUCAUCGAUCUGGAGGUCUUCCUGAAGCAUGUGCGCCUCCUGUCCCGCAAACAGUUCCAGCUCCGAGCGCUGAUGCAGAAAGCCAGGAAGACUGCAGGCCUGAGUGACCUCUACUGAUCUCGGCGACAAUAUAUAUCUUGGUUUUUUUUUCUGUCGCAUUGACACGCCUCCUUUUUACCGUUUUCCUUUUCUCAUUCUGUUGUCUAAAGUUAUCUUUUUGUGCUCAUUCUUUUCUAUUCUGGAUUUUUCUGUUGAUCUGCCCCCACCGCAUGUGACAGCAAGUCCUUUACCCAGGUACUCCCGAGUGUGCCCCCACUUCACUCAGACAUGCAUAGGAAUACCAGCUCCCAGCCUCAUUAAUGCUUAAUAAUCGUACAGCCCUCAAAGUCUGGGAGGAAAUCAUCAGGUUUUCCCAAAAUCAGAAUUAAGUUGUAUUAUUUUUUAUCGUGUACAUUUUUAGAAUGUUUUUGAAGAAAUUAAGUGUUAUGUUUUUUUGUUUUUUUUCGUCUCCCUCCUAAUUGGAAAGAAAAACUCUUUACAAAGAUGUUUUUGAUGAUAUGACGACUCUUAUCUUUUUAAAUUUGAAUGAAUAUUUCCAAGAAAAAAAAACUUUCAUCUGAAAAGCAUGUGUCCUUUAGGAAUCUAGGUGAACAAGGACACUUGUCCCAACAUUGAGGUUUCCUGGCGUGUUCUGUACAAACAUGAAGAUCUCAAACUCUUACUGAAGUAUAACUUAUAUCAAUCAAGUAAAAUAUUAUGGAUUGUAUUCUUUUUUUUUAUUUUUGGUUUUUCAAUAAAAUUAGCUUUACUAAAUGCACUUUGAAUUACAUGUAAAGCAUUGGUGAAUUGGUGAAUUGGUAUAUUCAUUUAGAAAUCAUCAUUAUAAUAAAAAAAAGGUUGCAAUUCUGA